CUUGAAUCAACAUUAUAAGACGAAUAAGUUUGUGAACCAUCUGUUAAAUAAUAUAUAUCAACUUGUACCUGAAGUAGCUGCUGCCAAAGAUCAUGAAAAAGAAGGCUAAAUAUAAGAAAAGCAGACGCUCAGCUUCAGAUAGAGUGUCUAAACCAGUAGUUAUCGCUGAAAUUCAGACUGAGAUACACUGCGACGAUUUGGAUCAACAAAAGCAAACAGAUAAGAACACAGACACAGUGCAGGAAUUAGAUCGAGGAUCGCAGUCUAUAAAUUGUCAUGACGAUGAAAGUGAAAAGGAACAAGCUUCUGAAAUCUUUAAAGAAAACAAAAACAAGCCCCAGUUGAAACGAAAGGGAGGACGUGGAUCAAUCAAGCAAGAGAAACCCUCUGGCCUUUUUGUCUGUGGCGUUUGUUCUUCCUCUUUUUGUAAUAAACGAAAAUUGACCUUCCACAUCAAAAGGAAACACAAUCAACACAAGCCAAUUCCUGAAUCAGAUUUGACAUGCUAUUUAUGCUAUAAAACUUUUGCCCAGCGGUAUAAUCUCAUGCGCCACAUCAGCAGGGUUCACAUGAAGGAGAAGCCUUAUGUUUGUGAUCGUUGUGAGAAAAGGUUCUCAGAAAAAAGGGCGAUGGUUCACCACAGACUAUAUCAACAUUCCAAUCACCGCUGCACGCUCUGUGGGAUUUCAUUCGAUAACCCAGAGGAUUUUGACAAUCACCAGUGCUGUGCAGUGUUUAUUGAAGGUUCGGAGAAACCUUAUGGAUGUAAGACAUGCAAGAAAUGGUUUGGGAACGGAAGUAAAUUACACCUGCACGUGAAAACUCAUUCAUUUAUGGAGGAUGAUUCCACAAUGCUCACACAUUACACCUGUGGUAUUUGUACAGAAAUCUUCAGCACUAGAGGUGACUUCAACGAACACAUAAAAAUUCACAAGAAAGACUUGCAAAAUGUACCUCCAGAAAAUCCAAUAAAUGAGGACACUUUCAUCUACCAGCCAGAGCAAAUAGUGGUAAAAAAGAUUGACCCUGAAAAUGGGAUGGUGCUUGUGGAAUGUGAUGUUUGUGGGAAGACUCUAAGUAUCAAUUCCAUUCAAAAGCACAAGAAAAUUCACAGUGGAGAACUCAAUAUGUCAAGUUGCUCAAUAUGUGGGAAAGUACUCUCAAACUCGCAUAAUCUAGGAAGGCAUAUGAAAAUUGUUCACAUGAAUGUGAAGUCAUUUUGUUGCGAAAUUUGUGGAAAACUGUUUGCUGAAAAGCGGACAAUGACUUCUCAUAUGCAUUCACAACAUGCAAGAAAUGCUUGCAGAAAAUGUGGGAUCUCUUUUCAGAGUAAGUUGAGCCUUCAGAGGCAUGAAUGUCUUGCAAGAUUUACUCAGGACACUGGAACAGGCAAAAUCCUUUAUGGCUGCAAGAAAUGUGAAAAGACCUUUAUUCAUAAAUGUAAACUUCGACGCCACAUUGAAAAACAUAUUAACAUGAAAAAGAGUCCAGAAAUGGUAACUGCACGAAGGAAGCGUUUACUGGAAAAAUAUUCAAGCUUAAUUGAAGAAAUGGACUGUGCUGAAGGUAGUCAGGUGGAAAGUGGAAAAUCUCAAGAACUAGAAAUGAAUGAACAAAACGUGGAUGGGGGUAAGGAAAGGUUGAAUAACGCAGAAGUGAGAUUUGAUAAAAAUCCAAUAACUGAGGACACUUUCAUCUACCAGCCUGAGCAGAUAGUGGUAAAAAAGAUUGACCCUGAAAAUGGGAUGGUGCUUGUGGAAUGUGAUGUUUGUGAGAAGACUCUUAGUAUCACUUCCAUUCAGCAACAUAAGAAAAUUCACAGUGGGGAACUCAACAUGUCAAGUUGUUCAAUAUGUGGAAAAGUACUUUCAAACUCACAUAAUUUAGAAAGACACAUGAACACUGUUCAUAUGAAUGUGAAGUCAUUUUGUUGCGAAUUUUGUGGAAAACUGUUUGCUGAAAAGCGGACUAUGACUUCUCACAUGCAUUCACAACAUGCGAGACAUGCUUGCAAAAAUUGUGGGAUCUCUUUUCAGAAUAAGUUCAGCCUUCAGAAGCAUGAAUGUCUUGCAAUUACUCAGGACACUGGAAGAGAUAAAAUCUUGUAUGGCUGCAAGAAAUGUGAAAAGACAUUUAUUUAUAAAUAUAAACUUCGACGCCACAUUGAAAAACAUAUAAACAUGGUAAAUAGUCCCAAAAUGGUAACUGCAAGAAAGAAACGUUUACUGGAAAAAUAUUCAAGCAUAAUUGAAGAAAUGGACUAUGCUGAAGGUAGUCUGGCGGAAAGUGGAAAAUCUCAAGAACAAGAUAUGAAUGAACCGAAAGUGGAUGGGGGAAAGGAGAGGGUGAAUAAUGCAGAAGGGAGCUUAGAUAGUAAAGGAAACGUUUACUUCUGUGAAAAAUGCAAUUCAUUGUUUGCCUCAUUUGAAGAUUUUUGUUGUCAUCAGAUGUGGCAUGAAGAUGCAAAUGAUGAUACGGAUGAAGACUUUGAAUGAAUGAACUUUGGAUUUCAGUAGGGACUGUAAUGUUUAAUUUGGUGCCAGACUUUCGUAACAUUGGUUU